AAUCUUAAAUGUGUCAACUUAUAUCAUAUUCAACUACUUCUAUAUACACAUACUGUACCAUCCUUAAUAUUCGCAUAAAUCGAACAUAUGCUGAUAUGUGGGUCUUAAGAGUGAAGGCCCAAAAGCCAAUAAUGGGCCUUCUAAGCGCCAUAGAAUAAUCUCUUAUCAUGUUAUUUAUUUACAUUUGUUGCGGUUAAUUUACAUAACCACCACGAUGGAACCACCGAUAAUCUUUCUCCGGCCGUUCAAAGUAUCAGACGCCGAAGACGUCUUUAAAUGGGGCAGUGAUGAUGAUGUCACACGUUACCUGCGUUGGGACUCAGUUAAGACCUUAGAGGAAGCCGAACAACACAUCUUGUACAAGGCCAUACCACACCCGUGGCGCCGUUCUAUAUCUCUCCUCCAAGAAGGUCGGUCGAUUGGUUACGUCUCUGUCAAGCCAGAUUCUGGUGAUGGUCGUUGCCGGGCUGACCUCGCGUACGCCUUGGCUAAAGAGUUUUGGGGGCGGGGGAUAGCCACGGCGGCUGUGAGGAUGGCGGUGGGACAAGCUUUUCAGGAUUUUCCUGUGGUGGUAAGGAUCCAAGCGGUGGUGGAGGUUGAGAACAAAGCGUCUCAGAGGGUUUUGGAGAAAGUUGGGUUUCGGAAAGAGGGUUUGCUUGAGAAGUAUGGUUUUAGUAACGGCGUGAUCAAAGACAUGUUUCUCUAUAGUUUCGUUAAAGAAUGAUCAUUGGUUUAUGUGAUAAUAAACUUAUAAUUAACGGUAUAAUCCGGUUUUUACCGAGAUGAUACACAAUUAUAAGUCAAA